GAUGAAUCAUUUAUUUACAGAUGCUAUAUAUUUUUUAUAAGAUGAAUAUUCAACAAUAAUACUUUGAUGAUUUUUGUCAUACCUUUCAAUUUAAGCAUCGCUACUAAAAAAAUGUUUUGCAUCUCAGCAAAAAUUGCUUCCAUUCGUUAAUGGUAUCAUCAGACCGUAAAAAGUUAAUCGAAAUCGGUACCUUUUAAUUCAGUAAUUUUCGUAGACCGCGGGGCCUUUUAAAACGCGGGGCCGGGUUCCGGCGAACGCGCUGUACCUACCUUGCGCCGGCCCUGGCUUAUUGUAAGAUUAGAUUUUAUUAAUUUCUUUGAUCUAUUAUUGUGUCUGCUUUGCAUUCGACACAAUUCAAGACACUUGGAAGUGUUCUUAAAAAUAUCACACAAUUCGGGGGGAAGCUUCUUGUAUGCACGUUUCACAGAAACGUCGUUCAAUCAAUAAACAAAUUAUACCAUAGUAACAUGGUUAUUCGUUACGUGGUGUAAUGGUAAAAUUGCAUGAUUGCUAGCCAAGAGUAGCAAGUGCAAGAUUAGAAAUCAAUUGUUACUAUUGAUAUGAGUGGAAAGGGAUAAUACAUACGUUGUGCGUAGUGUUUACGAGCUUCCUUACGAUGAAAACAUCAGGCUGUCAUGACAGUGUCAUGGCUGCCUGAUUAGCGUCGCGUAAUCACCUCGACAACAUAGGUAUUCUGUGCGGGGAAAUCAAGGUUGAAGGUGUGAGCUGGGACACCUCGAGAAUGGAAAAGGAAGACAUCAUCCUGACCCCAGGUCAGCGAAUACGACCACCUGGUGGGGACCAACUGGCCUCUGAUCUCCUCCAGAAGCUCUACGGCCUGAAGACAACCCAUGUGACCGAAUUGAACGCGUACGACGACCGUAACUACCGCGUCCUUUGCGAGGAUCUUCCAUCCAAUCCUCAUAUACCUUCCAUCAGCAAGCACGGCUACGUCCUGAAGGUCGUCAACUCUCUGGACUCGCGGAAGACACAGGUGAUAGAGGCCCAGACGGAGAUGCUGAUCUUCCUGAACCAACGAAACGUUAUCUGUCCCGAACCAGUGAAAAACCUAAACGGAUCCUAUUACUCCCUGGAGAAACUGAAAGCGAACGGUUCCACGGACAGCUACGCGGUGAGACUGCUGGUGUAUCGACCCGGAGAGCUUCUGCAUCGGGUACCAAUCACUGGCGAACUGCUUCGACACGUGGGCAGGUUCACGGCCAACCUCGACCAAGUUCUCACAGGUUUCUCCCAUCCCGCCUACGACGACCACAGCACUCUGUGGAUGUUGACCUCGGUGCCCAAGCUGCGUCAGUUCACUUACGCAGUGAGCGACGCGUUACAAAGAACGCUGGCGCACCAGGUGAUACACGCCUUCGAGCAAAACGUCCUCCUGGCGAUCCCCCAGCUGGAGCAAGGCGUCAUACACGGGGACCUGAACGAGCAGAAUAUCGUGAUCAGUCCUAACGGCAGGGACAUAGCCGCCGUGAUAGAUUUCGGGGAUUCGCACAGGGCUUGUCUGAUAUUCGAGCUGGCCAUCGCUCUUUGCUACAUGAUCCUGCAGGCUGGCGACCUAGCGAUGGGCAAGCACGUCGUCGAGGGCUACCAAGAGGUCAGGAAGCUGACCGAUCUGGAGAAGAGUAUCCUGAAGGUCACCGUGUCCGCGAGGAUCUGCCAGAGCCUCGUCAUGGGCGCUUACUCUCAUAUCCACGAUCCUCAAAACGAGUAUCUCCUUAUCACGCAAAAGUCGGGAUGGAGUUUGCUGAAGAAACUUUGGCCGCUCGAUCAGGAGGAGGUUCUGCGUAUUUGGGGAUUGAUGGACUGAUGGGGAGAAAUGUGAUGGCUUUGAGUGGGGAAGAACGGGAUGAUUUCGAGGGGGAUGACAUUAACUGGUCGCUCGGGGGGCUCCCCUUUCUUUGUUGAUAGAGAUUUUCGAGUGAGAAAAGUUUUUGGGUGAGAGAGAAAUUGUUUUGGAAUUAUGCUCGGUAUUUUUACGAAACUCAUUACAAUACGUAAAGUACACAAGGAUAAGGUGUAGUCAACGAUUAUGAGCCUUAAUAUAGCGAGAUUGGGGUAUUACUAAGAAAAAAACCUGAAUUUAUGCAUAUUCUUAUUGAUUACUUUCGCAAUGGUAACGUCACGGUGAAACUGCGGAAAUAAAAAUCGAUUCUAAGAUUCACAGGUAAAGAAACAAUUUUAAUAUUGAAAAAUCAGUAUUAAACGCAAUCAGUACAAAGUCAGUAUUACAUGCAAUUGGUACAAUCAUAGCGAUAACACGAACGACCAGUUGAUUUCCAUGCGACUAUAGCAAUAAAAAUCUUAUUCUUAUAUAGUUUGUAUCGUCACGAUCAAUUUUAUAAUGUCAAUUAAAUAAUAUAAUCAUUUAAUAUAAAUAAGCUUGUUAAAUAUGCUUAAAAUCGUUAGGAGCUUCCAGCUCAGUUUGAACGACGUUCGAAUACCAUUGUCAAUUAGUGAAGCAAUAAAUACACCCAUUUAAAUAAAUUUACAGUUGUUUCAUUGAAUGAAUCUCUUGGAGAAAUUACUUAAGGUACUGUGCAGUGAUAUAUCCUCUGGUUUUAUUCGUAUUUAGGCAGUUACAUAUUUACAUAGAUAUAAUGAACAAUAAUGCUCUUCGUAUAAUAGUGUGGAGUCAUUUUACAUAACUAGAUCGUGGUAUAUACAAAAAUGCAGAUAUCGUAAAUUAAUUCACGGUGAAAUUCGUGUGUUACUGGCAGACGACAUUAAAGAAAAACACAUACCUUGUGUGUAAACUGGAUCGAAUAACAAUUACCGUGGACUUUAAUUACUGACUAAAAUGUCUUGUCGAAAUACAUGGAUAAUGUACAGAAUUUGCACGUAGUUAUACCGUAAAGACAAUAAAUAUUUCGAUCCUGGAUAAUACGCUGUUACCUGCGCUUAAGGUGAAGAAGUUAAUUUUUUCUUUAUCCGCGUGCGCUUUCAUCUUAUUUACGUAGCUUGUAAUAUAUAUAUAUAUAUUUAUAUAUAUAUAUUUUUUUUGUAUUUCGAUUUCAAUAAUAUACUAAUUUAUUUAUAUCUCAUUUCAUUUACGUCAGCUCGUUUUGGCAAACUGUCUAGCUGUGUUGAGGCAAAUUCGUUGAUAGCGAAAAUCUGUUCACAAUAUCGUACAAACGAGAUUGAAAGUUGGACGUGAAAAAUUCAACGCAAGAAAGAAACGUACGGGGGCUCGAGAUUCGUGCUCAAAACAAAGUAGUCUUUAUUUCGUGU